CUAAAGUUUGUCUUGAUGAACGUUUAUAUCAGCGCUCUCAUCUCGUUCCAGUUCGGACCAACAAACCCGUUCAGAUCGAAGCAGAUGUCCGCGCCGAGAAACAUGCUGUCCGGUUACGCCGAGCCUGCUCACGUCAACGACUUCAUGUUUGAGCAGCAGAGAAGAACGUUCUCCACCUUCGGUUACGCUCUGGACCCGUCUGUGGACACCAGUGCGGUCUCGUCCAGCAGCUACAUUGGAGCCGUGGAGGAAGCAGAGAAAAACAAAGGGCUGAUGGCGUUUGAGACGGGAGCGAAGAAGACCGAGAAGAGGAAGAAGGUGAAAGGAGGAGAUGCAUCAGACAUCGACAGCUUCCUCGGCCCCUAUGACAAAAAACCAGGACAAACACACACAGGUAAAAACCGACAGGAUGAACAGAAGGAGCUAGAUGAGAUCCUAGCCAAGAGACAGAAGAGAGGCAAGAAUGAAGAAGAGGCUCCAGCGGAGGAGAAGACCGUCCUGCACGUCAAAGACGCGUACGAUUACCAGGGCCGCUCGUAUCUGCACGUUCCUCAGGACGUGGGCAUCAACCUGCGCUCAGCGGAGGUCCCGGACAAAUGCUACCUGCCCAAGAAACAGCUGCACGUCUGGACCGGACACACCAAGGGGGUCAGCGCCAUCCGUCUGUUCCCGGUGUCCGGUCAUCUCCUGCUCUCCUGCUCCAUGGACUGUAAGAUCAAGCUGUGGGAGGUUUAUAAUGACAGAAGAUGUGUGCGGACCUUUAUCGGUCACAGUAAAGCCGUGCGUGACGUUUCCUUCAACAACUCCGGCACACAGUUCCUGAGCGCCGCCUACGACAGAUAUCUCAAAAAAUAUUCUACUCAGACACUGCACGCCCGCUUCACCAACAAGAAGGUUCCCUACUGCGUCAAGUUCAACCCAGACGAGGACAAACAACAGCUGUUUGUUGCCGGGAUGUCCGACAAGAAGAUCGUCCAGGUGUGGGAAGGAGGAAAGUGGCUGGCGUGUCAGUCCAUGGAUAAUCAGAUCCUGAUCUUCGGAGCGCAGAACAGAUUCCGGCUCAACAAGAAGAAGAUCUUCAAGGGUCACAUGGUGGCGGGAUUGGGAUCAUGA